AUGGUCUUGAUAAAUGGCAUAAAAUAUGCCUGUGAGAGAUGCAUAAGAGGCCAUAGAGUAACAACAUGCAAUCAUACGGAUCAACCACUUAUGAUGAUCAAACCCAAAGGUAGACCUUCUACCACGUGUGACUAUUGCAAACAGCUUCGAAAAAACAAGAAUGCAAACCCUGAAGGCGUUUGUUCGUGUGGCCGAUUAGAAAAGAAAAAAAUAGCACAGAAAGCUAAAGAAGAAGCCAGAGCCAAAGCCAAAGAAAAACAAAGAAAACAAUGUACUUGCGGAAUGGAGGAAAUUUGCAAAUACCAUGCUCAAAAAAGACACCUAAGGAAAUCCCCAUCAAAUUCUCAGAAAAAAGGGAGGUCCAUUUCACGUUCGCAACCAAUGUUUGAGAGAGUGUUGUCUUCUACUUCACUUGAUAGCAAUAUACUAUCCGGCCAUGGAGGACUUUCAGAUACUUCCAGUAUAUUGACAAGCACAUUUUUAGACAGUGAGCCGGGAGCGGGCAAAAUAUCGAAAGAUUAUCAUCAUGUCCCUUCAUUGGCUUCUAUUUCAUCGUUACAAUCGUCUCAAUCGUUAGAUCAAAACUUCAGUAUACCACAAAGCCCUCCAUUAUCCUCAAUGUCUUUUAAUUUUCUCACGGGUAAUGUCACGGACCCCAACCAAGGUCACAAUAAUCAUCAGCAUUCCAAAUCAAAUAAUAACUGGCAAGACAGUUCGGUAAGUUUACCAGCGAAGUCUGAUUCGCGUUUCGCUUCGAUGGAUAAAAACAACUCCGUAAACCUUGACCUUUUGGGCCACUCUAAACGAAUAUCUAUAAUAGCAAAUCCUCGGGUGGGCGAAGUUAGCGUCCCACUAGAAGAAUAUAUUCCUUCCGAUAUUGAUGGAGUCGGAAAAGUUACUGAUAAAAGUUCUGCGAUCUAUGAUUGGCCCUUCGAUGAAAGUAUAGAGAGAAAUUUUAGUACAACUGCAACGGCGGCAACCGAUUCAAGUAAGCUUGACAUAAAUGACAACAAUAACAGUAAUAACAUUAUUAAUGCUAAUGAUAACAAUUAUAGUAAUACUAAUAACAGUGACAAUAGUAUCAAUAAUAAUAAUAAUAAUAAUAAUGAUAGUAAUAAUAAUAGUAAUAAUAAUAAUAAUAACACCAACCACAGUAAUAGUAAUAACUAUAAUUAUGACAACAAUAGAAAUUGUGAUAAUGGCACUAUUAACAACAACCCUUCUAGACAGGAGCAUCAAGGCAAUGGUCUAUUUGACAUGUUUACAGAUUCGUCAUCAAUUUCAACACUUUCUCGUGCAAACCUAUUAUUACAAGAAAAAAUUGGUUCACAAGAAAAUUCUAGUAAACAAGAGCACUAUUCCAAGAAUCCACAAUUUCGUCACCAGUUAACUGCCAGGAGUAGAUCAUUCAUUCAUCACCCUGCAAACGAAUAUUUGAGAAAUACAUUUGGUACUUCAAACAAUAAUGACAUUGGGAAGGGAGUCGAGGUAUUAUCAUUGACGCCGAGUUUUAUGGAUAUUCCCGAGAAGGAAAGGGAAACGGAAAGGUCGCCAUCAUCAAAUUACAUUACUGACAGGCCUUUCACCCGAAAACCUAGGUCAUCCAGCAUUGAUGUAAACCAUAGGUACCCACCCAUGUCAUCCGCCAACAUAGCAGCAUCUCCUAGUGCUUUGAACAAUACAGUAGCAAGCAAUCUUGACGAUCAACUCAGUUUAACUUCCCUUAACUCUCAGCCAUCGUCCAUAGCAAAUAUGAUGAUGGAUUCCUCAAAUAUGGCUGAACAAAGUUCCAUCCAUUCGGUUCCUCAAUCGAUAAACUCUCCGAGAAUGUCUAAAACCGGAAACCGUCAAGACAAAAACGUUCAAGCAAAGAAGGAAGAAAGAAACGCGCUGAAUAGUAUACAGGAUUUUUCACAACUGGAAAAUACACCAGGAGAUGUGAAUCAAAUGUUCUCCCCGCCGCUAAAAAGUGUUAACAGACCGGACGCCAUGAGAGAAAAUUCGCCCAGUAGUAAUUUUAUAUUCCAAGGAAACGGAAUUAUUUCUACACCUUCUGCAAGGAAUGAGCUUCCAGAUACCUCUCCGAUGAGUAGUAUUCAAACAGCAUCACCACCAAGCCAACUACUUACCGACCAAGGGUUUGCAGAUUUGGAUAACUUUAUGUCUUCAUUAUGA